AGGGAGGCUGGCGUGAGGACUUCGGGUGCGCUCGCUCUCUGGGACCCCAAAGAGGCAGGAUUCUGGUCUUUGGCCGAGGAUCAGAACAGCCCCAGGAGUCUGGCAGGACACACUCAUGCGAUGGUGCACGUCGUAGGCCUGCGGCUGCCUGGCUGCCUGGCUCUGGCCCUGCUGGGCCUCGUGCUCAGCCAGGACGUGCUCGGCCAGGAUGUGUUCCUGGCCCCGCAGCGGGCACUGUCACUGCUACAGCGGGUGCGCCGGGCCAACAGUGGCUUCCUGGAGGAGCUGCGCAAGGGCAACUUGGAGCGCGAGUGCGUGGAGGAGCAGUGCAGCUACGAGGAGGCCUUCGAGGCCCUGGAGUCGGCCAGCGCCACCGAUGCCUUCUGGGCCAAGUACACAGCAUGCCAGUCAGUGCGGAAGCCCCGGGAGACCCUCAUGGAAUGUCUGGAAGGUCAGUGUGCCAAGGACCUGGGCAUGAACUACCGCGGGGAGGUGAAUGUCACCCGGUCAGGCAUAGAGUGCCAGCUCUGGAGCAGCCGCUACCCACAUAGGCCUGAAGUGAACCAAAGCAGCCACCCCGGCGCCGGCCUGCUCGAGAACUUCUGCCGCAACCCGGAUGGCAGUGCCUCGGGGCCCUGGUGCUACACCACCGACCCCACCGUGCGCAGGGAGGAGUGCAGCGUGCCCGUGUGCGGUGAGGGGCGCCUCACCGUGGAGAUGAUACCCCGUGCCAGGCGCACCAAGCAGGAGGUGUCGCCUUCACAAGAGGACUGUGUGCCUGAGCGAGGCCAGCACUACCAGGGGCGCCUGGCGGUGACAUCACAGGGGGCCCCUUGCUUACCCUGGGCCAGUGAGCAGGCCAGGUCCUUGAGCAAGGGCAAGGGCUUUAGCCCCGAGGUGAAACUGGAGGAGAACUUCUGCCGUAACCCAAAUAAGGAUGAGGAAGGCGCCUGGUGCUUUGUGGCUGGCCAGAACGAAGACUUCCAGUACUGUGACCUCAACUACUGCGAGGAAGCGUUACAGGAGGAGGCAGCGAGGAGGCUGGCUGAGGAGACCAUCAGCGGCCGCACCACGACAGAAGCCUUCCAGACCUUCUUCGAUGAGCAGACCUUCGGCUUGGGGGAGGCUGACUGUGGGCUUCGCCCGCUGUUCGAGAAGAAGGAGGUGAAGGACAAUACAGAAUUGAAGCUGCUGGACUCCUACAUCGACGGGCGCAUCGUGGAGGGCUGGGACGCGGAGAUCGGCAGUGCGCCCUGGCAGGUGAUGCUCUUCCGGAAGACGCCCCAGGAGCUGCUGUGUGGCGCCAGCCUCAUCAGUGACCGCUGGGUACUCACAGCCGCUCACUGUAUCCUGUACCCGCCCUGGGACAAGAACUACACUGUGAAUGACCUCCUGGUGCGCAUCGGCAAGCACUCCCGCAGCAGGUAUGAGCGGAACAUGGAGAAGAUCUCCCUGCUGGAGAAGAUACACAUCCACCCCCGCUACAACUGGCGCGAGAACCUGGACCGGGACAUUGCGCUACUCAAGCUCAAGCGACCCGUGUCCUUCAGCGACUACAUCCACCCCGUGUGCCUGCCCGACAAGCAGACAGUGCUCAGACUGCUCCAGGUUGGCCACAAAGGCCGGGUGACGGGCUGGGGCAACCUGCGCGAGGUGUGGAAGAGCAGUACGGGCAACCUGCAGCCCAGCGUGCUGCAGGUGGUGAACCUGCCCAUCGUGGACCGGUCCACCUGCAAGUCAUCCACUCGGAUCCAUAUCACCGACAACAUGUUCUGUGCCGGUUUCAAGCCUCAGGAAGGGAAGCGAGGGGAUGCUUGCGAAGGCGACAGUGGUGGCCCGUUUGUCAUGAAGAGCUCCUUCAAUAACCGGUGGUACCAAAUGGGCAUCGUCUCCUGGGGCGAGGGCUGUGACCGGGACGGGAAGUACGGCUUCUACACACAUGUGUUCCGCCUGAAGAAGUGGAUCCAGAAGGUCAUCGAGCGGGCUGAGUAGGAUGGCUCCUUCCUGCCCGAUUGCAUUCGGGUGCCAGUCCACCCAGAGUACUUUUGUGGUUCCAAUAAAAGUGGCUGUGAGCUGGG